AUGACUUGGGACCCCUUGUGCCAGAGCCUCACUGGCCUGCUUCCUAAUCUAGUUCUCACUGGGGAUGUGGAGGAGCGGAAUUUUUCACUCAACUUCACACUGCCAACAAACACGACUUCCUCUCCAGCUGUGACAGAUGGGAAAAAAGCAGACUGUGGUCCCGCUCUUGGAUUAGCAGCAGGCAUUCCGUCCCUGGUGGCCACUGCCCUGCUGGUGGCCUUACUAUUCACCUUGAUUCACCGAAGAAGAAGCAAUGAGUCCACUGAGGAAAGUGAGAGACCAUGUGAAAUUUCAGAAAUCAGUGAAAAUCCCAAGAUAUCUGAGAAUCCUAGGAGGUCAUCCACACAUGAGAAGACUAGAACAGGAGCACAAGAAGCCCACAUAUAUGUGAAGACUGUAUCAGGAAGUGAGGAACACCUGCCUGACACUUACCGCCCUCCUGAAGAAAUGGAGAGAAGGAGGGGAUUGUGGUGGCUUGUGCCCAGAUUGAGCCUAGAAUAA